AUGGCACCCCAUGCCGCCUCGGUUGUCGUUCAUAAGGAAAUCCGCAUGGCAUGGAGUACACGGCUGAUCGGUGCACCGCUGAACUACGGAAAGUCCUUUCUUCGCACCGCCAUCGUCGACACCACGAGUCCCAUCGUCAGCUCGGCAUGCGUACCUGCGAGAAAUCUCUCCGACACAACAACCUACUCUGACGCUUUCGGUUCCGAAAAAUUCAAGAUGACCUUCCCCAUUCUCAAAGAGGUUGAUUUCUGGGUACCAGGGGUCCCAGGUGGCGAAGAGGGCUUCGAGAGCGGCCCAGACGGGACCGUCCCCCUCGAUGCAUCCCUCCUCGACCUCGCCGAAAUCGUCCAUGGACGCGACUUUUGA